CCUUUACUUUGUCAUUUUCUGCGCUUUCAUUGAAUCGCACUGCAAGAGCCGCAUCGAUCUAAAGCCUGCAGCAAUCCCAGCACGACAACGUACACUCCUGUCCCUUAUCAGAUGAGGACUACAUCAGAAGACUGCUUUAUUUUCAAACGGGUGGACUGAAUCCGCACUUACACUGGACGAAGUGAGAGCCAGCACCGUGGGAGAAAGAUUUCCCGUCGCAGAAACGUCACUUCUCUGUAGUUGGCUAAUGAUUUUUAGUAAUUCCCAACUUGUCUUAAUCAACGCAGGACAAAACACAGCGAUGAUAGGACUUCAGAACGCUCAUGAGAGCUUUAUUUCGGCAUUUUAUCUCUGAAUUUCGACAUUAAGUAUACCACAGCCGGUUAUUACGAGGAUUAAAACCGAUAUUUGUGUUUUUUUACGAGGGAAAUACAAUGCCGGACCAGAUCACAGUGGCGGAGUUUGUGGCGGAGACGAAUGAAGAUUAUAAAUCGCCCACCGCCUCAAACUUCACCACUAGAAUGACUCACUGCAGGAAUACUGUAACCGCACUGGAGGAGGCCCUCGAUGUGGACCGCAGUGUCCUUUACAAGAUGAAGAAGUCCGUUAAGGCCAUUUACACCUCCGGUCUGGCUCAUGUGGAGAACGAGGAGCAGUACACUCAAGCUCUGGAGAAGUUUGGAGAGAACUGUGUUUACCGAGAUGACCCUGACUUGGGAUCAGCCUUCCUGAAGUUCUCAGUCUUCACAAAGGAGCUCACAGCCCUCUUCAAGAACCUGUUUCAGAACAUGAAUAACAUCAUUACCUUCCCAUUGGACAGUCUGCUAAAGGGAGAUCUGAAAGGGGUUAAAGGGGAUCUCAAGAAGCCCUUUGAUAAAGCCUGGAAAGACUAUGAGACUAAAGUUUCUAAAAUCGAGAAGGAGAAAAAAGAGCACGCCCGACAGCACGGAAUGAUCCGGACAGAGAUCAGUGGAGCGGAGAUAGCAGAGGAGAUGGAGAAGGAGCGCCGUUUCUUUCAGCUUCAGAUGUGUGAGUACCUCCUCAAAGUCAAUGAAAUCAAAAUCAAGAAAGGUGUCGACUUGCUUCAGAAUCUCAUCAAAUACUUUCAUGCACAGUGCAACUUCUUUCAGGAUGGUCUCAAAGCAGUGGACAACCUCAAACCCUCAAUAGAGAAACUCGCUACAGACUUGCACUCGAUCAAACAGGUACAGGAUGAAGAACGCAGGCAGCUAACCCAGUUACGGGACGUGUUAAAGACCACUCUGCAAGUGGAGCAGAAAGAGGACUCCCAGGUUAGACAGAGCGCCACCUACAGUCUACACCAACCCCAGGGUAACAAAGAACACGGGACAGAGCGCAGCGGGAACCUCUACAAGAAGAGUGAUGGGCUGCGGAAAGUGUGGCAGAAGAGAAAGUGCACGGUCAAGAAUGGUUAUUUGACCAUCUCGCACGGGACGGCUAACAGACCUCCUGCCAAACUCAAUCUUCUCACCUGUCAAGUGAAGCACAACCCAGAGGAGAAGAAAAGUUUUGACCUCAUCUCCCAUGACAGAACUUAUCAUUUCCAGGCAGAGGAUGAGCCAGAGUGUCAAAUAUGGAUCUCAGUGCUGCAGAACAGCAAGGAGGAGGCGCUCAACAACGCCUUUAAGGGUGACCAGCAUGUUGGCGAGAACAACAUUGUGCAGGAGCUGACCAAGGCCAUCCUGGGUGAGGUCAAGCGGAUGGCGGGUAACGACGUCUGCUGUGACUGCGGAGCUCCCGGCCCCACGUGGCUCUCCACCAACCUGGGCAUCCUGACAUGCAUCGAGUGUUCAGGGAUCCAUCGGGAGCUGGGCGUUCACUACUCCAGAAUCCAGUCACUAACACUAGAUGUUCUCAGCACCUCAGAGCUCUUGCUGGCCAAGAACGUGGGGAAUGCUGGGUUUAAUGAGAUCAUGGAAGCUUGUCUGACAGCAGAAGAUGUCAUCAAACCAAAUCCCACCAGUGACAUGCAAGCGAGGAAAGACUUCAUCAUGGCUAAAUACACAGAGAAGCGCUUCGCUCGUAAGAAGUGUCCGGACGUGCUGUCCAAACUGCACACGCUCUGUGACGCCGUGAAGGCCCGGGACAUCUUCUCUCUCAUCCAGGUCUAUGCUGAGGGUGUGGACCUAAUGGAGCCCAUUCCUCUGGCCAAUGGCCAUGAACAAGGUGAGACAGCCCUUCAUCUGGCCGUGAGACUGGUGGACAGAACCUCCCUUCACAUCAUUGACUUCCUCACCCAGAACAGUUUAAACCUGGAUAAGCAAACGGCUAAAGGAAGCACCGCGCUGCAUUACUGCUGCCUGACGGACAACAGCGAGUGUCUCAAACUGCUGCUGAGAGGAAAAGCCUCUAUAGACAUCGCUAACGAGGCUGGUGAGACGCCGCUGGACAUCGCCAGGAGACUCAAACACCUGCAGUGUGAAGAACUGCUGAACCAGGCGCUUGCAGGGAAGUUCAACGCUCAUGUGCAUGUGGAGUACGAGUGGAGACUUCAGCAUGAAGACCUGGACGAGAGUGAUGAAGAUCUGGAUGAGAAGUCCAGUCCUCACCGGCGGGACGAGAGGCCGUUUAGCUGCUACACUCUGGGCAGUAAUUCCCUUCAGCCCAGUCCGGCCAGCCUGACACGAGACGCACGGGACAUGGUCAAAGACAAGCAGCGGUUUGUGCCCAACCUGGUCAACAACGAGACCUAUGGAACCAUCAUCAACACCAACUCACCGGUCGCCCUGUCCAGCUCCGCUCCUCCUCUGCCUCCCCGAAAUUUAGUUCAGCCGUCUGGUCUUGCUGGAAUGGUUCAGGGAUCUCCCGGUUGGAAACCUGGCUCCCUAGACCUGACUGGCAGGCAGCGAUCUUCCUCUGACCCCCCCAACAUGCAUCCUCCAGCGCCCCCCUUACGGGGCACAUCCACUUCCCUUCUUGUGCCCAGCGGAGCUCCUGUGACUAAAACUAGCAGUGUGAUGGAGCCCAUGACUAUACACCCCAAACCCGGCCAGGGGCCUCCUGGGCAGAACAUCAACCGGACUACAAGCAUGGAUAAAACCUUCAGUAAAAGCACACUGAUGCGCUCCGGAUCCAUCGAGAGACCAGGCAGAUGUCAGAGAAACCAUGUCGACUCUAAAGACGUUCCUGGAGGCCCCCAAAACAGCACGGGUCAAACUCUGCCUGCUACACACAUGCCCAGGAAAACUUACCUGAAGCCGAAGCGUGUGAAGGCCAUGUAUAACUGUGUGGCUGAUAACCCAGACGAGCUGACGUUCUCUGAGGGUGAGGUGAUCGUGGUGGAUGGUGAGGAGGACCAGGAGUGGUGGCUGGGCCACAUAGAGGGAGAGCCAAUGAGACGAGGAGCGUUUCCUGUCACAUUCGUGCAGUUCUUCAUGGACUGAAGUUCAGAGAUCAGAGACAUGGAGUUGGACCGAUGACGGCACUUCUCUGCUUCUGUGUGGCCUCGCUGAACAUCAUCAUGAUCAUCAUUAUCUUCAUCCCCUUAAUCUUGAAGCUUGUGUCUGAGCUUCCAAAAUCCCUGGCUCGAGCGACGCUGGAAUAUAACCACUUUUUGUUUUUGGUUUGUGGACCAGACUUGCAUAAAUGCAUUUUUAACUUAUUUUAUCGUCACCACAGUUCUAAUGACAAAUGUCAUCAAAAUGAAGGUUUUACUCUGAAACCAUUCACAUCCUUACUCCUUUAAUACAGACCGCUUUACAGCGUACGUGUGUUUUUGAAGUACACAGAUCUGUGAAAAUGGUCUUAUUUGCCCACGUUCCAUGAUUGGCAAGGAAAGACGGAAGGAUAAUCAGAGAAUCGCUGACUUUUGAGUACUCUGUUGGAAAAGAGCUUCGUCAACGGUGCUAAACCAGGAAUAUGCUACGAGAGCCGUCCAACUUUCCCGUUUCACACUCCCUGCCCCAGUGCUGAGUGUAUAAAUAGGCCUGCCAUUGCUCACACAUGGGAGAUAUCUCAAGUGCACCGUGUGGACGAGAGAGACCGAGAAACAGACCGACACGAGAGUGCUCUGUGCUGGCUGAGGGACAGGGUGUUAAGUUUAAGACAUUAUAAAAUGUGUUAACGCACAUUAUACCUCUAUGCUGAAAACUGUUUAGUAUUUCACAUGCCAGUUUAUUGAAACUAAAAAGGGACUCUUAUUAUGAAGUUCCGGGCUGUGGGGUAGUUGUUGAACGUGCGUUGUGACGGAGUGGAGUAAAGAGGAAUAAAUGGAGAACAUUGAUUGAUUCAAAAGUGUUUUAUUUCGAGUAACAUUGGUAGCAGAGGAUGGUUAGCAACUACAGAGUACCCCCGACCUUUGAUGAAGGAAAACCCUAUGAAAGUUGGAAGAAUGAAGUCGCGAUUUGGACUAGAGUUACAGACCUCGAGAAAAAAAAGCAGGCGCUUGCUGUGGCUUUGGCGCUUUCGGGAAGAGCGAGAGAAACGGCGAUGGAAAUACCGGUAGACGAUCUGAAUAAGGACACUGGCAUGGACACUUUACUUACGAAACUCGAUGACUUGUUUCUUAAAGAAGAAAAGGACCAAGUUUACGAGGCGUACUCGAGCUUUGAUCGGAUUGUGAGAGAUAGCAGUGUUUCCAUGACAGACUAUAUAAUUGAUUUUGAACAGCGAUACUCACGGAUGCGUAAAUAUAAGAUGGAGCUUCCCGAUGCAGUAUUGGCAUUCAAACUGCUGGACACUGCGUGCUUGGAAGUGAAAGAUCGACAGUUAGCGCUGACAGCAUGUACAGAUUUGGAUUUUGCGUCAAUGAAGUCAGCACUGAAGAGGAUUUUCGGAGGAAAGCCUGCUUCUACAGUGGGAAUUAAUCAGGAAACAGCAUAUGUAACAGAACAUAGACGACAAAGGAGCAAGCCAUGGUCCCAAAAUGUUCAGCAAAAGACACCACUGCCUGGCACUAACCCUCUGGACAGGUAUGGACGCAGAUCAAAAUGUGCUGUUUGUCAAAGCACAUUCCACUGGGCCAAAGACUGUCCACACCGAGGUGAGCAAGUCAAACUGACUGAAGAUUGUAAAGCAGAUGAUAUAGAGGAAUGCAACAUUACUCUGUAUACAAAAGAUUCGCCCACUGAAGCAGAAAUAUUCAUGACUGAGUGUUUUGGCUCAGCAAUAAUAGACACUGCAUGCACACGAACUGUGUGUGGACAGGAAUGGAUAAAUAACUACAUUGCUGAACUAAGCCAAAAUGAGAUAAAAGACAUGAGGAAGACAGAAACUCACAGUCACAGACCUUUUAAGUUUGGUGAUGGAAAAGUGGUCUAUUCCAACAGAAAAUUGAAAAUUCCUGCAAAGAUUGGACAAACUAGGUGUCAUAUUGAAACUGAAGUUGUACCAGCGAGCAUUCCAUUACUCUUAAGCAAGGCAUCCAUGAAAAGAGCAGGGACAGUGCUAGAUAUGGAAAAUGACAGUGCGGUAAUGUUCAGUAAACCUGUAAAACUUGACUUUACAAGCUCUGGUCAUUACUGUGUAAACAUUAUGGACAAUGAAAAAAAAAACAUUCAAAGUGAUGACUGUGUCUUGGUUGCUGUUGAAGAUGUCACUCUUGAGGAACAAAAGAAUGCGGAUGUACAAAGUCAGUGUGCUGAGGAAAUUCUGACAAUAUCAGACAAAAUCAGCUUAGCAGAAAAACACAAAAUCCUAAUGAAGCUUCACAGACAAUUUGGUCAUGCUUCUGCUGACAGAUUGCAGAGACUUCUUACUAGCUCAGGAAAUAAAGAUGCAGAAUGUAGUGUCAUUCUGGAGAAAAUUGUGAGUGAAUGUGGAACGUGUCAAAGAUACAGUAAGACCAAACCAAAGCCUGCUGUUGGUCUACCACUAGCUUCUCAGUACAAUGAAACUGUUGCAGUAGAUCUACAUGAACUUGAACCAGGUGUGUGGUAUCUCCACAUUAUUGAUCAGUUCACAAGAUUUAGUGCAGGCAGCAUACUGACCACAAAGAAGUCAUCUGAAAUAGUGAAACACUUUGUCCAUGUCUGGAUAAGUGUCCAUGGUCCACCUCAGAAACUUUUUAGUGACAAUGGGGGAGAAUUUAAUAAUGAUGAGGUUAGAGACAUGGCAGAAAACUUCAAUAUAGAAAUAAAGACAACAGCAGCAUACAGCCCGUGGAGCAAUGGUCUUACAGAGCGACACAAUCAAACACUUUCAGAGAUCAUAAUGAAAGUGAAGUCAAGUAACGGCUGUGACUGGGACACUGCAUUGGACUGGGCUCUUAUGGCAAAGAAUACCAUGCAAAAUGUUCAUGGCUACAGUCCUCAUCAACUGGUGUUUGGACAGAAUCCCAACCUGCCCUCUGUGUUAACCGACAAGCCCCCAGCUUUAGAGGGCACAACGAAAAGUGAGUGGGUGGCAAAACACAUCUCUGCUCUACAUGCAUCAAGAAAGGCGUUUACGGAAGCAGAAUGCUCAGAAAGAAUACGGAGAGCACUACGUAAACAAUUGCGUCAUACAGAUGAAAAAUAUGAAAUGGGUGACAAAGUGUACUACAAGAGAGUUGACUGUCAAGAGUGGAAAGGACCAGGAGUUGUCAUUGGCCAGGAUGGUGCAGUGGUGUUUGUUAGACAUGGAGGAACCUGCAUUAGAGUACAUUAUCUCAGACUAAAAAAAGUAAACGCAGACAGUGGAGAUCAACAUGUCAUUAGGGAUGAUGCUGAAGUUAACACAAACAACAUGCAAAGACAGGAGAUAGCAGGAGCUGCUGUCAACAACGUGGAGGGAACAGAAACUGUAACUGAAAUACAGCAGAGUUCAGUGCAAACUGAGGACACAGGGGUACCCACUAUGGGACAGAAUGUAGCAGCACAACACACAAGUGAUGAUGUAGUGACACAAAGUGAUACAGAGCAGAGAACUGAUGUCCAUUUAAAAACAGGGCAAGUUCUAAAAUACAGAGACAGAGAUAGUGGGGCUUUGCACACAGCAAAAGUACUAGGGCGUGCAGGCAAAGCUACUGGCAAAUACAAAAACUGGUACAACCUUCUGCUCAUUGAACCAACUAAUGUUGCAGGCAGUAAAGAUUCAGUUGACGUAUCAUGUCUAGACUGUCUUCAAAUGGAACCCGAUGUUGCUGAUGUUAGUGCCACAACUGUCAGUGAGGAUGUACUGAUAACAAAAGAUCUAUCCUUCGACCUAGCCAAACAAGAAGAGAUGAGGAGUUGGAGAGACAACAGUGUGUUUGAGGAAGUUCAGGAUGAGGGACAAAAGUGCAUCUCUACCAGAUGGGUGUGCACUCUUAAGGAAACACUAACUGGACUAGUACCUAAAGCACGAUUGGUGGCAAGAGGUUUUGAGGAGUUAAAUGUGUUAGAGUUACAAAAAGAUUCUCCCACAUGUGCUUCUGAGUCUCUUCGAUUGCUGGUGGCAGUUAUUUGUCAAAAACAGUGGACACUUCAUUCCAUGGAUAUAAAGUCUGCAUUUCUGCAGGGGAUAGAACUGUCACGUGACAUCUACAUCAGGCCUCCCCCUGAGGCUAUAUGUGAGGGAACAUUGUGGAAGCUAAAAAAGUGUGUAUAUGGUCUGGCAGAUGCUUCAUUGUACUGGUACAAUAGAGUAAAAGACAUAGUGCUGAAAGCAGGAGGAAAAAUGUCCAAGGUUGAUCCAGCUGUUUUUUAUUGGCUAGAUCAGGACUGCACUGUAACUGGGGUACUUGCCUGUCAUGUGGAUGACUUCAUAUGGGGGGGCACACAAAGUUUCUCAACAACCAUAAUACCACAUCUAAGAUCUGUUUUCCAAGUUGGUCGUGAGGAACAUGAUCACUUCUGUUAUGUGGGAAUAGACUUUGUGACUGUCGAAAGAAAAGUACAAAUACACCAGGAAAACUACAUUCAGCACAUGAAAUACAUUCAUAUGGAUCCUUCACGAGCUGUGGAACAAGACUCACCUCUCUGUGAGGAGGAAAAGGAUCAGCUCAGGUCCAAAAUUGGUCAAAUUCUCUGGGUGGCAAGGCAGAGCAGGCCAGAUGUCAUAUUUGAUGCUAGCAACUUGACAUCAAACAUAAAAAAUGCAACUGUGCAGACAAUCCAUGAAGCAAACCGGAUAGUGUGCAAACUUAAGUCCAAGAAGGUAAUUCUAAAUUUCCAACACUUGGGCAGAGACAGUGCUCUUAAGAUGAUUGUGUUCAGCGAUGCUUCAUUUGGAAAUCUUUCAGAUGGAGGCACUCAAGGAGGACACCUGAUUACUUUAAUGGGAGAAAAUGGAAAAUUCUCUCCCCUUUCUUGGCAAUCAAAGAAAGUCAAAAGGAUUGUGCGGAGUACACUUGCUGGUGAAACAUUGGCAAUGUCUGAUGGAAUUGACAAUUCUAUUUUUCUGUCCACACUGUUCUCAGAACUAACUACUGGUGAUGCUGAACAUGCUCUACCAAUAAUCUGUGUCACUGACAAUCAUUCACUUGUUGAUGCAAUUAAGUCCACAAAGCCAGUCUCUGAGAAAAGACUCCGCCUGGAGAUAAGUGGUAUCAAAGAACUUAUCCAAACACAGAGAGUUGAGCGAAUACAGUGGUGCAACACAAAAGAACAACUUGCAGACUGUCUUACCAAAAAGGGAGCAUCAACUUGUCAGUUACUCAAGGCACUGAGUGAAGGACAAUGGAAAUUGAAUUAAAACAAAGUCUGUUCUUAUGUUUGACUGGAGAGUUUGUUGAAAUAUGUUAGGUCGUAUUUUUGUUCUAGAAUGUUGUUCCAUAUGGCCUGUUAGUAUGUUAAAUUGAAAGAUUUUUUUUUUUUUUAAAGAGUGGGAGUUUGUUAAGUUUAAGACAUUAUAAAAUGUGUUAACGCACAUUAUACCUCUAUGCUGAAAACUGUUUAGUAUUUCACAUGCCAGUUUAUUGAAACUAAAAAGGGACUCUUAUUAUGAAGUUCCGGGCUGUGGGGUAGUUGUUGAACGUGCGUUGUGACGGAGUGGAGUAAAGAGGAAUAAAUGGAGAACAUUGAUUGAUUCAAAAGUGUUUUAUUUCGAGUAACACAGGGGACGUGGAGACUGAAUGGAAGUAAUCUUGACCCUGUGCCUGCUGGGAGAUUUGAGCAGCGUGACAGUUUGCAUGAACAUUCGGUGGCCUCCAGAGAGAGCAACGGAGCAUCAAGGUGGUUUAUUUCUGUAUAGAUAUUUAUAAUUCAGAGCUGUCCUUCUGCGUUCUUGAUUUAGAUGCUUUUAUUGAUUUGAAUGAUCUUUUGCAGACCUUCCUUCAGCGUGCAGGCCGUUUGUCUUCAGAGGUCUGUGGAACGCUGUCAUUUAUCAUUCGUUCUUAAAGUGAUAGACCAAAAAUGAAAGUAUGGUCAUUUGUUUAAGCUCAUGUUCUUUCAUAACAGGAACUGUGGGUGUUGUGUACUGUCACUCUAUUCCAAAUCUAAUGAAGUAGCCAUUGUAACUUUGUGUGAGGAAGAAACUAAUAUUUAAAUGGAUUGAUCAGCAAAACACUUUCAUGUCGUUCCAAACCUGUAUGAGUUAUUUAUUCGAAGGAACACAAAAGCUAUUUUGAAGAACGUGGGAACCAAACAACAUUGGAGCCUAUUGACUUGUAUUGUUAAGACAAAAAUAACUUAUUUUCAAUAAUAAUGUCAUUUUGUGUUUGACAAAGUCGUACUGAUUUGGAAUGAGGGAGAGUAUUAAUUUGUUAUUCACUGAAAAUCAUCUUCUGUGGUUCUCAUAUUCCAUUCAGUUUAAACAUGCUGUGUCAAGACAUGCCAAGCCAGUUUUAUGAGAACCGAACUUGAUAAACGAAUGAUGUCAGACUUGGCACAGCAUGUCACAUUAGAGUCAAAAGCAAGUUUGAAUGAGUUAAAGGGGAAGAUAUUAAGUGAAUAACAUUCUUACCCAUUUGUUGUUUUAGUCCCAACACAUGGGUUCUGGGUACUUGCAAUUUAGCACAAAAAUGUACAAUGUCAUUGUUGUCUUUUUGUAAGAGCUUGGCGGGGUUUGUUGUCAUUAUGGGAAAAAGCACUCUUGACAUUUUAAAAUAUUUAUCCUGGCUGGUUCUGUGGAAGAUAAAAAGGUUUGAAAUAUGAAGGAAAGCAAAUGACAGAAUUUUUCUUUUUUGGGUGAAUGAUCCUUUUAAUAUGCUCUUACCUUUCUCCAGUGUACAAAAAAAUAACAUUGAACAUUUUUUUUUUUACUUUGAGAUCUCCAAAACCUAUUCAUUUUUAACAGAUUCCAAGGUGACAGUUUGAGAUGUUCCCAGAGUCUCUCAGCGUUGGCUGGCCAGAUGGGUGUUCCCUGUACCAGUAAUAACUCUGCAUCUCUCUAAUUGUAUUCCAGGGGAAAUUAAAAUCCCUCAUGUCAUUUCCCCUCACAACACUUCUCUUAAUCCUUUCUAAAGCUUUGAAAUGCUCAUCCAUCUGUAAUUGUGUGCAGGAGUAACACAGCAGAGCGUUAUGUGUCAUGAGUGUUUGAUGUGGUUGCAGAGCAACUUAAUAGAGUCUAUUAUGUAACUUUUAAUUAAAGUCAUGUUAGUCUUGAUUGAGCUCGGACCGGAGUGACCUGUAAUUAUCUGGGUUCAGCUCACUGUAUGCGGCCAGCACCUGAUUGUAGAUAAAUGUAGACUUUGCUUUGUGCAUAUUUAAUUGUAAACAGAGAGCUAAACUGAUAAUGUUUUGACGUAUUGUUAGAUAAGACUGUUACAGUACACUUUUAACUAAGUUGAAAACAACCUCUAUUCGCCUGUUUACCAUAAACAUCAUUGAUGCUAAUAUAUAAAUAUAUGUACAAAUAAAUGGGAAAACUGGAAUUAAAAACCUGCAAAUGAA